AUGGAUGCGUUCCUGUCGAAGAAGCAACAGCUGAAAGAGGACCUCCAGCGGUCGCGGAGUAGAAUCUCCAUCUCCUUCGACCUCUGGACCUCGCCAAACCCGUACGCAAUCCUGGGUGUCGUCGCCAUGUGGAUUGACGCCACCGGCAAGCGACGAAGUACCGUCCUGGGCAUGCGACGCGUUCAUGGCGAGCACAGUGGCGAGAAUCUUGGGUCGACCGUUCUCGAAUUAUUGACGGAAUAUGACAUUGGCGGAGAUCAGAUUGGAUACUUCAUGCUGGACAAUGCUUCAUCCAAUGAUACCGCUGUUGAGUUUAUACUCAAGGAGCUCUGCCCAUGGAUGAAGCCGCAACAGCGUCGCCAUCGCCGACUGCGCUGCUUGGGUCACAUUGUCAACCUCUGCUGCCAGGCGUUUCUCAUGGGUCGAAAUUGUGAGAAGCAUUUGGCGAAGCUUGAAAAGCACCACCAGCGCGGAGAUUACGUGAAGGUAGAGGAGCUGUGGAAGAAGUUUGGAUGUUUAGGCCGGCUCCAUAACCUUGUGCGGUACAUCCGGCUUACUCCUCAAAGGCGGGAGGAGUUUGCAGCAAUUAUUAUCGGCGGCCAUCUCUCCGAAUUCGAUGGGCUCGAGCUUAUCCAGAACAACUCCACACGCUGGAAUUCGUGGUUUCAUUCGAUCACACGAGCGUUAAAUGUUCGAGAACGUUUGGAAAUCUUCUCAGCUCGUCAUAUCAACGAGACGAAGGAUCACUACCAUGACAUUCACGAGGAAGACGACGACGACAACUUCACGUGGAGGUAUCUCCAAGGUUGUGCAGAUGCUGCGUGGUCAAAGUGCGAGGAGUAUUACAGCAACCGACAACGGAAUUGGCAACAUCGAUUUCCUGAAGAUACUGAUCUUCCGCCAGCGUAUUACGCAGCUCAAGUACUCAAUCCGUAUCGAAAGUGGGCAUGGUUCAGGCAAGAAUGGGUUCUUCAGGGCGACGAAGGAAGACAGAAGUGGUAUGAAAGCGCACAGCUGGCGGUGAAGCAGCUCUGGGAGACAGAGUAG